AUGGUUGACCGACAUCUGUAUCCUCCACCGCUCUUUGUCUUCCCGAUUGUUCCACUUUUUUCUGCUUCAUCUCCCUUCACUCUUACUGAUCCAGACCAACCUACAAUCGGUAGGUUACUGAUUGAAUCCAUUCUCUUUAGGUUUUCUUUCACAUCUCGGAUUAACUGUGGUUUCCAACUUCUCUCAAAUUUGAAUGAAUGUCAUGCCUCGCCAAAUUAUCAGUCAACAUGCUCUGAAUCCAUUCGCUCCACCCUGUGUUCCCGAUACCUGCUUUCUUCAUCAGCUCCAUCACAUGAGGUGACUUAUUGGGACCCUGGAUCAGCAAAAAGGGCUUCUUCUCCUCAAGGAAGGAAUCAACGUGGGAAUAUUGCAUUUCAAGGGACAAAUACAAUGGGCCAAGGUGCAUCAUCAUCUUACAGUGGUGUACCACCACCACCACCACCACCACUUGCUCCUCCUCCGCCACCUCCACCACCACCUUCCGUCAUGUAUCCACCGUGAUGGGCAUGGUGGUGAAUGGUGAUCAUUGUUAUCUAAAUUUUGGGGUUUAUUCUGAACUGGACUAAGUUGCCCCUACGUUUGCUUUUGGUUUGUUUGCUGGUGUACUUGAGAGUAUAGUGCCUCUUCUCUUUCUUGCCCAAUUUUACAUUGUUAUUGUUGGUUCUCCUGAAGCAGUUGCUGCUAAUGGGUCGGUGUUGGACGUACUUUGUUUGGCUUGUAUGCUGGUGUUUUUCUUGAAUGAACUAAGAACUUGAGUUGAAAAACUAGUGCUCCUUUAAUUUCUGAGUUCAGGUUGUACGCUAUGCUUUAUCCAUGAUGAAUGCAUCCAAAGCCAAAGCCAAUAAAAUAAAAAACAAUAAAAAAUCGUUAAGCUGAAGAAUCAUCGAGAGUAUUUUGGGAUUUCUUUUAUGCAUAUGUCAAUUAUCGUACAAUUUAUGUCUUCGAAUUAUGUAAUGUAAAACAAUGUACUUGAUGUGAACAAUUUCAGUUGUAAUAUGUAAUGUUGGUGACGAUUGUGUUAUUUCAUGUAUAUUCACUGUGAUAAUAUUUCAAUUUAUAGUCACACGAGCCCC